CGUAGUUACACAUAAUUAUGUUAUCAGUAUUAUAUCCGUAACUCUUAAAACACGUAUUUCGUGGAUACAUAAUACUUACUAAAAACAAAAUCUCGCAAUUAUACGAGUGUGAUUGUUUUAGAUAGACAAGCUAGACUUCACGGCAUAUUGGCUCAGCUGAACAUGUAUAUCGGUCGGGAUGAUGUAGAAAGGGUUGAGCGAUUAGGAAUACAACUUCAAAAAUUUAGACAAGAAACGACAGAGGUUGCGAGGGCAUUACAAGAUGUUUCCAAGGAGUUCCACCAAGCAUAUAUAGAUGCCAAGAAAGCAACUAUAAAGGGGUCGACGGCAGGUGUGGUCGGGGGAACAAUAGCUGCUGUUGGGUUCGGUCUGUCGUUUGUUACUUUUGGUGCUUCGAUUGGAUUGACUGUAGUUGGAGCGUUGAUAGGUGCGGCCGGUGGCAUGGUAACAGGUCAUGCUGCCAUUAAAGAAAGUAUUCGGAGUAAGAGGGCAGUCGAGAAGGCAGAGCAGCUUAUUAAAAUGUUCGAAAGCACACGCAACGAAAUUUUAACGGAAUGCAAAGAAAUUUCUGAGAAACUUCACAUAGACGGACUAGACACACGUUUUCCGCCCUGGAAAAGUUUCUUCAGCAAACUAGUUAGUGGAUCGGUCGACAUUGGUUGGUCUGUGGCUUGGAAAACUAUCUACACUACUGUGACGAAUGUAAAACUAGGACGGGCAGCGUCACAAUUAACUUUUGGUUCAUGUGUUUCUACUACUGGGCGUGUGACAGCAGCUUCGUUGAAGGCUACGUCUGCAGCCGCCAGGGGCCUCCAUAUAGCAGGCGGUGUUAUAGGUAUCCUUCUAAUUCCCGUAGACAUAGGGUUCCUCGUGCAUUCCGCACGUGCUGUAGCAGCUGACAAUUUGCCGGACACUUCUAAAAAGAUUGCUGAGGUGGCUGAAAAAUUGCUUGAAAAUUGUCCGGAUGAAAACGAUAUUUCCCAAAUGAUAUUGGAAACCAUUCGUGAACUGAAUCUUGAAAUUUCUCUUGAACCAAACGAGUCUGUUCCGUCCAUUCAAUGUUAUUAAAAGGGAAUUACAUUUGCAAUUACACGAUUAAACAUAUAUGUAUUAUAAGUAAAACAUAAGAAACAUC